GUAAAAUAAGCGCAAUGACUAUAAGGGAAAAUAAUCACCUUCCCCUUCCUAGCUUUCUUGUGGGUAAAGACAUGGAUGAGUUCUUCAUAGAUCAGGAUGGUUACAAUGCCUCGUUCAUAUAUCGCCAAGUCAGUUCAUUCAAACCUGAGACACUGGUGAUCUCAAGUAAGUUUUAAUCAACCACAAUUUUGAAAAAAAAAAAACAUCCUGCUCUAACCUUGCUAUGGUUACCAGUAUUACUUUGUACGCGGAAUCGAAACAUAUUAAUGCUGUUUGUAUUUCUCCUGCAAAAAAUGUGUCUCGGACCUACAGCGCUUCCUUUGAACCAUGUGGGUAAAUCCAGCGAUUCGCCACUUCGCGACGCCAUGUCCAAAUGUGCACUGUGUUUUUCUCAAAUUAAACAUAAUCAUGGUGCGGAGUUGCUGUGAAAUCUCUUUCUAAUAAUUUUCAAAUUCUAUUAAAAAAAUAUCGACGCAAUGUUACGCAAUUAUUAUGAUACUAGUGUUUGAGAUUUUUUGUUUUGCUUUUUUUCCCUUCUAUUUUGUUUUAUUUUUUUAAAGGGAACCUACGAGAUAUCGAACAAAUAACAGUAAUAUUUAGUCCAUCGUACGUCUUUAUAUGUUUCCGUACGGUGUGAGUUAAUUAUUUUGUUCCGUUAUGCCAGUGGCUCCUAGAAAUUUCGAUAUUCAACGCCUUUUCCGAAUUUAACAGAAAAUUAUGAAAAUAGUGUAAUAUUUCGCGAAGCCCCCCUUUAGGAAGCCUUGAUUAAAGAGGGUAACGCCGCGCAUAUUUAUGGAAAACUGCUCUACUUUAAACAGACAGUGGAGCAAACCAAUGACACAUUUCAACACAGUUUAUUAUGACGUCAUAAUUAUAUAUAAAUACAUUUGUAUUUUGCUUCUUUGCUGGGGGUGAAAGCUUAUUUGUACAUAUGCGGAAAGAAAAAAAAAAAGGGGGGGGGGGGUGUUGGUACAAAAAGUACGCGUCAAAGGGGUGGGGAAUUUGACUUCUGUUUAAGUACGUAAUAUAUGGAUUGGUUCCGUAAAAAACGCGCACAUGACAAACGCGCACACUAUAAUCGCGCACAGAAACUCCGCAAAGACAACAAUGCGCACACGAAAACUGCGCACACCGACAGUUGCGCACUCAUAAAAUUGCGUACACCGACAAAAGCGUACACGGAAAAAUCGCGAACACUGACAAUUGCGAACGUUGGCAAUAGCGAGCACAUACAAAUGCGCACAAUGUAAUUUUAAAGUAUAAUUGUAAAUUCAUUACAUAUUUGAAUGGGUUGCAGUCGGUUAUCGGCGUAAAAGGCAAGUCUGCGAUGAGGCUAGGAUUAGAAAUAAUCAUUUUAAAAACAAAAUAUUAAAAAAAAUGUAUCAUCUUAUUUCUGAUUUUUAAAUAAAAAUAUGAGUAUUUAAAUACGUAACUUUAGAUUUAUUGCAACAAAAGUUAUAUUUCCAUUUUCCUAAUCAAGUACAUAACCCAAUAAUAAAUAAUUAAAGUAACUUCCCCUGUGAAUUUGAAAUAUAAUAAAUUCGCACUUUUAAUUAACGUGUUAUUAAUACUAAUUUAAUACACAUGACUUGAUAUGGAUACGCUUAGUCACUAAAAAGAUAAUGACAUCAAUGCACGGUGAGCGGAAAACAAAAGUCACAAGAGAAAAGUCACGGAAAAAGUUACAAUAAAAAAAAAUCACAGAAAAUAGUAAAGAAAGAAUCACAUAUAUUUUUCGUAAUUUUAUUUUAAACCAUUAUUAAAGUUUCUUAUAGAUUAAAUAUCAGUAUGGAAAUAAUAUACGGCUCAUUUCGAUCGUGGUUCAAUUCUCACUCGGGAUUACAUAAUAUGUGUGCCUUAUUUGUAUUAUUUAGGCCUAUACAUAACAUUAUAAUCACUCAUUUAAUUCUAUGUGUUAACCAUAAUUAGUUGCAUUGUUAAGCAUGAAGCCAAUAAAUAUGAAUACCGUAUUAUGGAUUGGAUAACAAUAAAUUGUUGUAAGAAAUUGCGUAGAGAUUAAGCUCUCGUACAAAAGUCUGACAAAAGAAUUAAUAUUUGAUUCUGGCUUGGGUUGACAAUUGUUAGUGUGUGUGAAUGUGAUUUAAAAGAAUCUGCCUCUGAUCUUCCCGAAAAUCUCACACAGUAAAGGAAUACAAUGAAAGCAAUGGGCCUUGCAUUGUGGUACUAGUUUAACCGUGUCACCCCUUUGAGAUGGUGUCACCCGAUACGGUCCGCACCCCCUUAGCUACACCAUUGUCUGCAGUUACUGCACAAGAACAUUUCGUUCCAGAAUAUAUAUAAAUAUAUGACCAAAUUUAUUUCAAGUUAGUGCAAGCAAGAAAAAAAAACGCCUGCACACCAAAAAAUGUUGCUGACAAUUUUGCUGCAAAAGGCUUGCGCCCCACCCGGGCGGCACUCAUUGUUACACCACUGAAUGUUGUUUGAGGGUGACGCGAUUUAUAAACAAAAGCAUAUACUUCCCGGUAAGCCACGAAACAUCAUGACUAAUUUUCAUUUUAAUUAAGAAAAAAAAACAACAACAACUCGAGUAUCAAUAUAAGUUGACGCCCAGUCCUUUAUUUCACUAACUUUCUAAUAAAAAUGCAGUUAUUUUUUUGACCUUAAUAGAUAACAUGUCAUGGACUUAUUAUCUCCCAGCUCGUGUCAUUCCCCCACUUUAAAAGACAGAAAGAAGAAAAGCGAAAGGCGUUAAAAAUUUAACACGCAGAUUAUAAUUGGAAUGUAAAUUUCAGAAGUCUGGAAAGUUCUCAUGGUAAUGCCACGACUGUUUCCGAUAAGGGGAAGUGACUUCUGCAACAUAAAUGACGUCAGAAGAAAAAUAAGCUAACUUUCUAAAAUGGCGGCUAGAACAAGCCAAACAACAAUGUUUUCUUCUGCUCUCUUUAACUUUGAUCAUCUGUAAGUACUUUAAUUAUUGAUGGAAUGUGUUUUUUAAAUUCUGUUCAUGCUGUCAAUAUAUGUAAAUGAAUGACUGAACGAUAUUACUAGUGUUUGUAUUCUAAUACAGUGUAGUUGGUCAAGGCCUUGUCUAGUCUAGUUCUUCCAGCUAAAAAAAAAUAACCCCCAAAACUGGCAAAAGCCUGUUUUUGUGUUUAUUUUGUAUGUUGCGACUGAACAUUUGAUGUGAAAAAUCGUUGAGCUUUGAACCUUGAAGUUGCUUUCCUCUACCAAUUAACUUAUCAAUAUGCAUAUCUUUAGACUACAAACUAAGUUCAAACACUAUACUCAACUAUACUCAAUACUCCAAAUAUUUUUAUAUAAUUAUAGUCAUAGUUGCAGUUUUAAUAUUUUAAUUUAUUGUAAUCAUAGUCAUAGUGAAUAGUGGUUUUAUUAAGUAGUAAGUAAGGUUUAGAUUUUAGGCCAAGUCAUAGUCCUAGACGUCCUUGUUGCUAAUUACUUACUACAUUUUUCUCAUCAGUGAAUUAAGUUUAUUAAGUCUUUGCCUAUACUAUAUAUUUUUUUUUACUGGAAAAUAAUACAUAACCAGACCAAGUUGUACAAAGAAGGAAUGUUGUUGUUAGAGUUAGAAUGGACAUUUUAUUUGAAAUAAUACCUAAGCUUGUUAUAGAGGCGAUUAAAAAAAAAAAAAAAAUUAAAGUGAAGGUCAGCCUUGAAUGUGCGAGUGAGAAAUGCUGAAAGUCAAAAUGUAAACUUUAGUUAGGCUUACUUCAUUAUUUAAAUUAUUAUAAUAUAAUAAAUUUUAUUUCUAUUUUUUUGCAUUCCAAAAAUGUUUCUAUCCAACUAGGUACUAAAGUAAGAAAUUUAAAGUUUAUUUAAAUAGUUCAGUAUUAUAGAGCAAACUUAACUCUUUGUCUCCGGAAUUAAUUUCCUCAUUAUUAUUGAUGGAAUUAUCUAUUUUGCAUAUAAUUUGUUAUGCACUACUAUGUUAACUCUAAACCAUCAUACAUUUUUUGUUUUUCAUUAGAAAAUGUUAAAUUUGGUUUGGAAUUAAAGGGGAAUGCAUGCUCUUUACAGACAAUACAGACUUAGGUUUAAAUUUCAUUGUAUAAAUUUCAAUAUACAAAUGCAAUGAUAUACAGAAAAUAAAAAUUUUAAAUAAAAAAAUCACCAUAUGUUCGCAAAUCGCUCAUUCCAAGUCACACAAAGAGAAAUUUACAAUCUGAAGUGUAUCAAAAGUGUUUUUUUUCUAAACUAUAUCCAUAUGUGUAUCACAAAGAAUAAAGAUCACAUUAAGAAAGAAAAAAAAUGAAACACCAGAGCACAUUAUCCAUUGUCACAAAAAACUAUUUUCACUGGAAACAAUUAGUUGCUAUUAGAAAAUAUUUGAAUUCUAACCUUGUGUGUAUUAACAUAUGGAACGUGGUCAUAAAUUUGUCAUAUCCUUUCAUCUGGGUUUAGCUAUGGUAAGCCUGAAAACAAUCCAUAUGGAUGUGCGGAUUGGACUCACAUCCAGCACAGGCGUAUACUGUUCACCUUGCUCUACAGUGUUUGCACACUCUGUCAUCCUUUUUGGAGUUUAUAGACAUACGUUUUGCUCCGAUAAUUUUGCUCCGAUAAGUCUCUCGGUGGCACUGGGAUGUCACAGCCUGGUCUGGAACUUCCAAAUUUUUUCCCCUCUGGAAUAAUGGUCGCAGCAUAUUCUGUUUAUCUGUCUGCAAGUUGUAGUUUGAAAUUUCUUAGUUUUUUCUUCUAGAUUUUCUUUGAUCUUCUGGCCUUGUGAGUUUAUAAAAGGCUAAAUUUUACAUUUAUUUCUUGUAGCAUGUAGAGAAAAGUGAUACAAGGCUUCGAAUCGUUUUCUCUGAAACAUUUUGACAUACCAGGGCGUAUACAUCUCAUUGACCAAAGGUCAACAACAAAUGGACGAGAGUUCAUCCCCAUCAUUGUUACUGCUAGAAAUUUGUAGGUCUCGUAAAUAUUGAGAGGUUUUCAGUCUCUAAAAACAGAUAUCUUGCUUAUUGAAAUGUUGAUUUUAAUUAUGUAGGAAGCAUACUCGUUUAUUGAGAGUACAAGCUUGUGAAUAAUAUGUGUGUCUAGCAAAUUAGAAAAACAUUCAAGUUCAUUUGACUCACUAGUCACAAGCUUCAAAUUUACACUUACAUUUUUCAAAGGUAAAAUUCUGAAAUUGCACUAAGUUUUAGUGUCAAGAUUUGUAGAUUUGCUAUUAGAAUUUACAUUAUUUAUAGUAGGAACAGUAUUAGCUCAUCUAAAGGGCACUUAAGCUGGGGAGGGGCUGGUUGUUCAUCUGCUGAUGAAUUAUCAAUGUCAUUAUUACUUUAGCCAUGAGUACUAUACUUCUAGGAUUCGUAAGAAUCAGCCUCUGGAUCCGAAAUCAUAAAUCACUGCCUGAAUUUUCAUCAGUGUAAUAUUUUCAAUAUUUAUUAAAUCAAUCAACAGAUGGGCAAAGUCAAGAUUUCAUGUUCAUAAACAAAAAUAAAAUAGAUAAUCUAAACAGCCGCUUCAAACACUUCAUUCUCUGCAAAACCUCUUCGUACGAAAGAAAUUCCGGAUGUUUAUCUAGAUUUGAAUAAAAGUAAUUUAAAAUCAAUAGCUAAGAAAAGAAACGAAACAAACAGGUUUUUAUAUGCAUUGACGAUCCCAUCGCCGAUCGACAGAAACCUUCAUUUAAAAUUGACGAUGGGAGCGUUGGUCCGGAGAGAAAGAGUUGAAAUUAAAAAUUAAACAAAAAUCAACUUUCUAUCUUUAGGAGUUUUGUAGUUUUUGAGCAGUGCAUUGUCAAAGUACGAUUUCAUUUGUCAUUUUUUUUACCAUGGGCUGAAUCUCCACAUUCUAAGGCCAAAUUCCGCUUAUUGCGACACACACACUCUAUAAAUUGUGUGUUUUAAUGAUAAUUUAAAAUGACUUUUAAAUAAAUUCAUACUAUCCGCGCCAUGUUUUUUCCAAUGGCUGCCAUCUUGGUUGCCACGACCCGGGAAAUGUCAUGGGUCAUGGCAACCAAGAUGUUGGCUGUUAGAAAAAAAAAAAGAAGUGCAAAAACAUGUCUGGUAAAAAAGGGAGAGAGCAUAGGGAGGGAAUGUGUUAUUUCUGCUACUUACUGAAAGAUAAGAAAAUAAGCAAUUUUAUCAGAAGAAAUUUGGUGUAUGGAAAAAAGUCAAAUUAAUAGUAUUUUUUGAAAAUUUGGAUUAUCUGUGUCAUGACAUUUCAAACAGCCGCCAUCUUGGUUGCCACAACUCGUGUGAGGGUUUAUGCAACCAAAAUGGCGGCAGUGUAAAAAAAUUGUUCAAUACAUUAUCUUAAUAGUAAAGAAUAAACAUAUAAAAGUAUAUAUAAUGUAUACAACUCAAAAUCAUACAUUGUACGCCAAAAUCGUAAGAGUGAACAGGUCUGUAACCUAACCCUAUCCUUAAACUUAACCCUAAACCUAAAACAUAUGCCUAAACCUAACCCUUAACCUAACCCUCAACUAAAAGAUGUUUGCGGCUAUAGUUACACACUGUAAAAAUGUGAGUUUGUUGAAUUUUUAGCUUUUGUACCUGUUUUAUUUUGUAAACUCAUAACAACAUAGUGUAUUCAUAACAACUUGGUUUACUGGUACUAGCCAAGGGUCCCACAGAGUUCAGUGAGGAAAAUAAGAGUAACAGGACAGCUGUUAGAGAAACAAUUGAAGUUAAGAAAGAUUUCAACACACGAGGCUGAUCUUGCUACAAUGUUCAGGAUGCCUAAAUCAACCACCUGUAAGAUUUUGAAAAAUAAAGAAGCUAUCAAAGCAACUGAUGCUGUGAAAGGGGAUAUGACACUGACCUCUAGGGGAUUGAAAAGAAUGGAAGAGAUGGAAAAAGAGAUUGAACUAAUGAAAAACAGGUGGCUGGUGAUGGGAUUUCUGAGACGAUUAUUUAUGAGAAAGCCAAGGUCUUCCACAAUGAUGUAGAGAAAGACAAGGCUGAUGUUAGUGCUCAAAAGUAAAUAAGAAAAGUACUUGGAUCCAUACAGUUUGUAGGACCCAGGAAUGGAUUAAUACACUUUCUAGUAUUUCAAAUGGAAAAAAUUGUCUUGGAACUCGAACAAUUAGGAACUGAAAAUGUGGUUCUGGAACAGAUUAAGUUCGGAUUCAAAGGUCCCACUGUAAUCAUUUUUUUAAUUAUAAUUAUUAUUAUUAUUAUUUUUUUAAUAUCAUGCUUUUUUGGUAAAUGUCCAAUUUGUUUUAAAAUGUGUUGAUUGUGAGGAGCAGCUAUUUUCAGUACGUUUGAAGCUACUAUUGUAAUCCAAUGACCAUGUACUUUGACUAAAAUUCAGGGAGAGUAAUGUGCAGCAACAUCUCAAGAAGGUGUAUGCUUCCCUCUCUGUGGGUAUGCUCAGUGCAGCUCUUGGGGCUUAUGCUCACACACUCACAGGCAUAGGAGAGGUAAAACUUAUUUUUGUAUCUUUAACUAAGCCAAUAAACAAAGGUCCCUUUGCUACCGAUCUAUGAAAAGAUCUGUUUAUUUACAACAUAUAUAUUUUAAAUAAUCUUAAAUAUUUUAAAGUUCUUAUGGUCUUGUACAAAAUUUGUUUACACAAGUUUUAAAAUGUGAAUUCCUAUAGUGGUUCAUUCUUACUACCCUUGCGUCGAUUGGCCUUAUGAUCUGGCUGGGAUCUACUCGUUACACUAAAGAAAGUGAAGGCACAAGAAUGGGGAUCUUUGCAGGCUUUACAUUUACCUCAGGUUUGUCCACAACCAGAACCACAUGCAUUAAAAAUAUUCACAUCUAAAAAAUACUCUGUUACAUUUUAUGGCUGCCUUGUCAUAUAUUUUAUGUGGGAAUUAAAUUAAAAGUAUCUUUUAAAAAAAAUUUUCCCCUAAAAGUAAUUAUGAAAAUGUGUAUGUUGAAAAACAAUAGAAACAAAAUUACCUACCAAACUAAUUCAUUUUUCUAGUACAGAUUUAAACUUUUUUUUUUUUUGUGUCUUUUUUUUUGUUUUGAAACCUCAGAUUUAAGUUUAAUUAAUAUUAUUUUUAGGAAUGAUUCCUGUUUUAUACAUUUUUAUUAUGGUCCUUUUUGCUGAAAAGGGAAUGGGGAUGUCGUCCAUAUUCUUAAGCUACUAAACUGGACACUUUUUAUUUUCAGGUAUCUCUCUUGGGCCUCUCAUUGAUAUUGUCAUGAACAUUGAUGAAAGGUAAUAUUCACUGAAAUUUGCAAUUUUUAAUCAUUAGCUUCAUGGGGAAACAAUUUUUUAUUAUUCACUUCAUGGCAAAACAAUUUUUAAUUAUUCACUUCAUGGCAAAACAAUUUUUAAUUAUUCACUUCAUGGCAAAACAUCACUAAUUAAAGGUGCAUGGUAAUAGAGGAAAUGAAGACUUUUGGAAUCUGAAUAGAGAUUUGAAAUUAACAUUAACCAUGUCUUCCCUCCAUUUUUUGUCUUCAACUUAGCAUCGUAUCAACUGCGCUGGCUGGCACAGCUGUCAUUUUCAUCUGCUUCACCAUGGCUUCACUUUUGUGGAAAGACAGAGUCUUUCUCUACAUGGGUGGUACGUAAUGAAAGGCUAGUUCUUAAGUUUAUUAAAUCAUGGCAGAAUAGUGGUAAAUUAUUUUAAACAUAUGAUUUUUACACAAAGACUCUGUAUUUAAACGAUUUAAGUCUCAUAUACACACCAUACACACCAUAUGAAAGAAAUGGGUACAACUUAAAAAACAGAAUUGUAUACAUUUUAUUUUGAUUAUUAUAAUUGUGAAAAUAUUUUUAAAAAAUACUUUUUUUGGACUUGUAUCUUUUAAAUUUGCAGUGCAUUUUUAUAUCUAUCUAUAGUAAAAAAACAAAAAAAAAAAAAACAAAGAUCCCAACAUAUAAAGCUAAGACCAAUUCCUGUUCAUUUAUUCUAUUCUCCAGGUUUUCUUAUGUCAAUUAAAAAACAGAAUUUUAUACAUUUUUUUUUGUUUAUUAUAAUUGUGAAAAUAUUUUUAAAAAAUACUUUUUUUGGACUUGUAUCUUUUAAAUUUGCAGUGCAUUUUUAUAUCUAUCUAUAGUAAAAAAACAAAAAAAAAAAAAAACAAAGAUCCCAACAUAUAAAGCUAAGACCAAUUCCUGUUCAUUUAUUCUAUUCUCCAGGUUUUCUUAUGUCAAGUCUGACGUUGCUGACUCUUGGGGGUCUCAUCAAUGUAUUCUUUAGAUCCGAAGCCUUUUUCAAUGUAAUUAGUUAUAACAUCACUUUUUUUAAAAAGAGUAUACAGUCAUUUUGUUUAACAUGAAAAGAAAUAAGUACUUGAAAGAAAGCUGGAGAUGGAGGGAUAAAGAUCUACACUAAAAUUUUACAUAAAAUAAGCUUUUAAGUUACCAGUGUUGAAGCUUUUUUUCACUCCUACCAUCGCAUUCCAGGAAAAUGUAAAAGAUUUUCCACCUUUUUGUUUUUAUUUGAAAAUGAAUGUGAAUAGAAGUUCCCACUCAGUGCCUGGUAGAAAACACAACAUGAUCUAUUUAUGGAAAUGUAUAUUUUAUUCAUUCCAUUUGUUACUUUGCUUUAUCUUUGUGAUCGUAUUGUAAAUCCUCAGGUAUACAUCUAUGGCGCCCUAUUUCUGUUUUCUGCUUUUGUCUUGUUUGACACCCAACUGAUUGUGGAGAAGAGACGUAAGGGUGAUCAGGAUUACAUCUGGUAAGUUAUCAUUGUAUUUAUUGUUUUAAAAAAAAAAUUAGAAUUCCAAUAUUAUCAGAAGCGAGGUCAUCCUCACUGCUGUUUAGCCCACUACCAAUGAUGAUUAAUUAUUUGAAGUUCAUUUUGAGGAACUCUUAAAUCAAAAGAUUACUUGUUGGCAAUUCAAAAAUAUCUAUUCUGUUUAAUGUGCUUGUAGAAAUUUGAUGUUUUAAUCAGGAAAUUUUUAAUCCAGAUAUUUAUUGCAAUGAUGUUAUUAAGGUGUCAAUGAAAACAAUGAACUUAAUGUUUGAAAACAGUGAAUCUGUAAGUUUCACACAGAAUUGUUCUUGAGUCCUCUGUGAUAUUCUGAAUCCCUACAUUUGGGAUUCAACAAUUUUAAUUGACUAGGGUAUAUUUUAGAAGAUUCAUGUUUAUAGAACUUUCACUUUCUUGAACAGUGGGUUUACUUACUUACCCUUUGUAUUUUGAUCAGGCACUCAGUUGAUUUGUUCAUUGAUGCCAUUCAGAUCUUCAGAACUCUCCUAAUCAUUUUGGCCAAAAAGGUAACUUGACAUGACUUAUAGUUUUCAUUAACUUUAACCCUCUUGAGAUGCAACCUUUUUGUACUGUCUGUGUCAAGAAGAGAGAGAGAGCCCUUUUCACAAGCCCUGCACUUACUUUGCAAAUAAAUAUUUUUUAAAAAAACGCUAAUUACUUUUAGAAAUAAAAAAACUAUAAAUAUUUUUUUAGGGUAUUGAAUGAACUAAUAUGAUCUUUAUGAAUCAGGCUGAAAUCGCAACAUUAAUGCAAAUGAGAUAUCCAUGAAUUUUUUUUUACCCUUAAAGUUGAUGUCUUACUGGCUGAAUUUUGUUAAAUUUUAUGACAUUUGAAACCCAAAUAAGUCCUGACAAACAUUAGAAUGAAAUUCAACAUGAAAAACUGGGGAAAAAAAAAUUGAUAUAAGAUGACAUAACACCGCACACUAUCAGUGGAAGCUGCCAUUAAAAUGGCGAGAUGAGCAAGAAAUGCUAGAAGCAAUCUGAUUAGCUGAUGUGAAGACCAUCAAACAAAUACUAAACAUUGUAAUUCUUUCUAAGAUUUGUAAUUAGUGUAUACACUCUUCCAAUUUUGAACAUGUGCUCAUUAUUUUUUCAUCCUAAUUUUUUAAGUGUAAAAUGUAAAAAAAAAACUUUUCAAAGUACAGGUGAAUGUGUCACCAUAUUGGUCAUUAAGACCUUAUGGACAUUAACCAUGGACUACAGAUCAUCAUUUAUGUGUAGAGGAAUAGUUCUGCUCUCUUCCCAUUUCCCUCAAUUGAUCUCUGAAGUCCUGUUGUUUUAGUUUGUGUAAUAAAUAAAGUUAACAAAUCUCUUAAUUCCAAUUGAAUGUAUCAGAAACAAUCAAAAGAAAAGAUGGAUAUUUUACUUCACAGAUUUAGAGACCAUUAUCCUUUUUUAAAAUAAAAGGAAGUGCAAAAAAUUAAAUGAGCUUUUUUUUUCAUUUACAAUGGAACAAAUUUAAAGCAUGUUUUCCCUUCCCCCUAAGUGCUAACGAUUCAUUAGCCCAUCCCAACACCUUCUGCUUUGUGUGGUUCACACUUGACUCUUUGCAAUAUUUCUGCGUGUCAGGUGUACAUUACUGUCCCAUUUGUUGUACAAAUGGAAUAUGAUCACCAUGUGUCUCUGAGUUGGGUUGGUGGCAAGUAUGAUUAGUUUGUAUCUCUUCAGUUCUACCAGCUGAGUAACCUUGCCUAUUUUGUUUUACAAAAAAAGAUAGGUGUAUGUUUAGUAAUAACUUUAUUUUUACAUCUGUAUUUUGGUUCUUUAUGCAUAAAGAGUCGGUAAAGGCUUUCCUCGUCUUCCUGGCUUUGAACCUAUCUUGACAAAAAUUAAGUGUUAUUUUCCUACUCUCUUAAUGAAAUGCUCAUACGUUGUAGACAGGAAAAAAAGUGAGUAAAGGCCUAAACCACUUGUCUAUAUUUACAGUCUAAAGAUUCAAGAAAGAAAAGUUCCAAAUGAGUUGGCUCACAUAGAUUUUGUAAUGGCAAGUUUUAUCCAAUUUUCUCCAUGUUAUUCUGUAUGCUUUUAUUCCCGCAUAUUGGGGAGAAUGGCUCUUGUUAGAAAUGUGAGGAAAAAAAAGAAUGAAUUCUGUUUGCUUACAUAUUCAAUUCAUCACUUGCAGACACUCUACUUAAAAAUCAAAAUGCUUUAAAUUUUUGUGAUGAGCUCUGCCAUUUUCUUACAUUCUACACCUUGGUGGUUCUGAGUGUCUUAGCUUGAAAGAAAUAUUUCAUCUUCAUUUUCCUUGCUCAUAGAUCGUUGCUAUCGUAAAGCACUUGUGCAACUACUGCUCCUGAAAUAGUGGUUGGUGUCCAGGGGAAACGCUGGGGCUAAGGCCUAGAAACUAUUGGUAUCAUGAAGUUGGCAAUGAAUAAAAAGUCCCCUAACGGCAGAUAAAAUGGCUUAAUGCAAGGGUGGGCAAACUAGAGCCACAUGCUGCCCGGCAACUGAUAUUAUGCUGCCUUCGCAGGCAUUUAGAAAUUUAAAAAAAUUACUUUGUUUUUAAAUUAUUUUUUUGAAUUUUACAGAAUUUCAUGUACUGGUACCCUUAUGAUUGUUUUAACAUUUUGAUUAACUUUCUUUCUGAUUUUCAAUUUUUUUAAACAGUCCUUGACUUUUGUCAUGUAAUGCUAAAAUGCGAAUUUACAGAUUUUAAUAUAGAGAAAAGUUUAUCGACAUGUAAAAAUUGGACAUAAUAUACAUGCGGCCCCCCAAUAGCUUUACAUUUGUCAAUGUGACCCUCCACACAAAAAGUUUUCCCACCCCUGGCUUAAUGUAUGACAUUGUAGGAGAUUGUGAGAAAAAUAUUAAAAAAUGCAACAAGGUGAUCAAUAAAUAUCAGUGUUUUCCUGCUUCAGUUAUUGAAUGCGACAAGCAACAUUAAGCAGCAUGGUCAAUUUUAAUUGGUUGUCACAUAAUGUAAUGUGAAGAAAACUAAAAAAAGGAAGGGAAACACACCCCCCCCCCUUUUUUUUUUUUAAAAAGAAAAAACUUAUUUAACCUCAAGAGUCAAUUUUUUCUUUUACCUCUUGAAAUAAGUAAUUUUAAACUUAUAGCAUUAUACAGAGGGCCUUUUCGGGCUAUUUUAUAUUUAAAUUUUUGCAGGAUCAUAAGUUGAAAUGGCAUUUGUGUAAAUAAUUGUGCACAUUGAUCUUCAAACAUUUUUUUAACAAGUUAAAAAUGUUUUUUUUGUGUUAUCUAACUAAAAAAAAAAAAAAAAAAUACAGUAACUAUACAAAAAAUAAAUAAAUACUAAGUAGUUACUGUAUUAAGAAGAUAGAUCCACCUCAACUAAAUGUCCAUAACAUUUUCUUGUGCCUUUAUGUGAACUCAUACAUUUACAAAACUUAUGCUUAACAUUUUUUUGCUUUCUCCUCUCAUUUAGGAUGGGGACAAGAAGAGAAGGAGAGAUUAGUCAGGAGCCCACAGUUGGCAUUUGUCAUGCCUUGAGCUUAUAAAGCUUCAUUCUAUAUUUGUUUCUGUGUGUUGUGGAUGUGCUAGAAACCUUCGAUUGGUCACCAUCUUGUCUGUAGUCAGGAUCAUGAACAUGGAUUGAACACUUCACAGUUUUCAACUCACUUUUUUAAACUUGGAACACCACCAAAAAGUAUCAUUUUUAACAAUUUCCAUUAAUAACCUUUUAUACACAAUUGUUAACAAUUUUCCCCCCUGUUGCAUUAAUCAUUUUCAAUAAUGCCCAGAUGGCAGGAGGAGUUAUUGCCACUCUCAACCAAAAAAAAAACCAACACCCCCCAGUCUGUUUCCAUUGUCAACAUUAUGUGUAUAAUGAUUCACUGUUAUUUUACGUCUUGCACUGAUUGCGUGGGAAAAACCAUGGCAAUAAAUUAAACUGUUCAUGUCUAAUCAAGGAUUGACUUAUUACCAAGAAUAUAAAUUGAAGGACAUUUGGUAAUCUGGAGGUCUUUUAUGAUGAACCAUAUGUCACUUGAGAUCGAGCCUGGUGUCAGUAUUUCAAGAUCUUUUUUUCGCUUCAAACAAUACAAAGUGGACACUGAAACUUUCAAGAAAAAAAUUCAAUUGUGUGUCAGAAAUAACCACUGUCCUGAUCAGUGCUGAAGAUAUAGAAUAAUUUUUUUUGAAAAUAAUUUAAUUUUUAAAACAUUUUUUAGUAUAAUUUUUUUUUUCGCUUUCACAUACCUGAGCUAUAUUCUUUGUGUAACCAUCAUCAUUUAUCAUCCUUUCAUAUUAAAUUCCCAACUAAUUGCGCAGAGUCAUUCAUGCAAAGUAUUUUAUAAUUAUUCCAACACUCUGAAAGCUUGCUGGAAAAUAAUAAAGCCGAAUUUAUAGAAAGCAUAUUGACCAAAAGCCCUCUGCUGUUGUACACAAAUAUAACUUUGAGGGUUAAGAGAUACUCUGAUGGGCCAGCCACACAACUUGCUGAUGCUUCCUGAAUGAAGCGCAGCCUUAACAAAAUACCUUGCAUUUUGAGAAAAAAAAAUGCCCUUGAGAACUGUAUAAAAAAAAAGAAAUCGCCAUAUUUAAUUUUGUUUCUUUUGUGGUGUUAUUUUUUUUCUAAAGAAAUUUCUAUUGAACAUUACAUUUCUGCUUUGUUUUCGGGUUCUGAAAGCUGCUUUGAUCCAAGAGUAAGAGAAUUUAAAAAAAAAAAAAAUCAUUGAGGAAAUAAGUUUUUGCAAUGGUCAAGAUGUUUUUCUAAAGUUAAGAAAAGUGUUUAAAGUUGUAGGACAUUUUUAAAAGCACUUUACCUACAUGAUGUUAUAACCUGGGUGUGAUUUUUAUCUCUGCUUAUUUUCCUGUCCUCUAAACUACCCAAUGCAGCUUGUAAACAUUAAAUACAUUUGGAGGGGUGUGGUUGUGAGUUGGAAUAUUUCAUUUCUUGAAAUGGGUAGGGAAGCAAAUUGCAAAAAAAAAAAAAAAAAAAAAAAAAUUUUAUUUUUUGAAAUGGGGAGGGAAGCAAAUUGAAAAAAAAAAAAAAAAAAAAAAAAAAAAAGAUGAGUACUUCACCAAUAUAUAAUUCUGUUACAGUUAUUUUUAGAGGGUUUCUCAGAACUGUUUACCAAGCAUUUCCUCAUCUUGUUUAAAUUACUGGGCUUAUUAAAAAAUAAACACUAGCAAUGAAAUAAUGCUGUGUUUUUUUAAUUUUUUUAAAAGAAAUAAAAAGCAUCCUAUGAGCAUAUUUUUGUGUUUUUUGUUGGGUUUUUAUCAAUCAGCUUGUUAACCAUUUUCUUUUGUUGUUUUGUUAAAAAGUUAUUUUAAAAAUAACAAAAUUCAUAAUACAAUUUCAGUGUAAGCGAUAAUUUUAGUAUUAGAUUGGAGAAAUCGUCAUGAAUUAUGAUUCAACAAUUUUCCUGGAGUUGGAAUAAUGGAGUGACAUUUGGUAAAAAAAAAUGUAACUUAUUUUGAAACACUAAAUCAUUUUGACAAAGGGAAUAAUCUGCUGCAAAGUUGUUAGCUUUAAUUAAGUUGUUAAUUUAUUUUUUAAAAAGAAGUACCGGUACUAAAAAUAGUAUUGAUAAAUAAUUUAAUUAGUUAUGUGUAAAUUAAUUUUGCCGUAUCAAGCUAUGUGCGAAAGCUAAAACUAUCCUUGGCAAGAAAGAACAACUUAAUCAUUUCUUUAACACCUUUCCCCCCCCUCCCCACACCCCUCUCCCCAAUUUUCACUUGAAACCAAAGAGGGUUACAGUAGUAGUAGUAACAAUUGUUUGGCUAAAGCUGGAAUAUAAACAGCAAAAAAAUAAUUCAACCUGCAGUUGGACAUUUUACUUUAAAAAAAUGAUUUUUUUGGUUUUAACAAUUCAAUGUGUUUGAAAAGAAAAUUUUCUUUUUCUCCAUUUCUUCAGAUUUCAUAUAUAUUAUGUUUCUUGUUUGAUUAAUUAUUGUUUAUGUAAUCAGAAGAGGAUAUCUUAAUUCUGUUAAACACAUAGAAAUUGUGUGACUCC